AUGGAAGAAAUAAGGUUUCAAGAGGCCCCUUUCGGAACCAAAACAGCCAGGUUUGAUAUGUCUGGAGUCUAUCCUGAGAACAACAGAGUGGCACCAUACACUCAGAUCCCCUACUGCAAGAACGCAAUCAGUGAUAUGAAAACCCUGGUUGGUCCAGGCACAUACAAGAUCACUAGUUUCAUUGAGGAACUGGAAAAGAAACCUGGCAGCUUGAGAGGAAUUUGUGAGACCAGAGCAAAGCGUUUUAAAGACUGCCAGAGCUCUACCCCAGGACCAGGUGCUUAUGGUAAAGGGGGAAUCCCUUCAGCAGCACUGGAGGAGAAGAAGAGAAUGCCUGUGGGGACCUGUCCCUCCAUGGGCCAUGCCAAUAAGCAUCGCUUUGAGACAAAAACUGUGGACAGUGGCUUAGGUCCAGGUACAUACAAUCUGAAAAGCUUCACUGAGCUGAUGCUGAGUUGCAGAGUCAGUAAAAGGAACCCGUAUGACCUGUCCACUGGUAAUGGAAACCUCUUCACUGCUCCUAAAUGGGUGAAUCCAGACCCAGGUACGUAUCCCAAGGAGUUGCCCAAGUUUGGUGAAGAGCUGCAGAAGCCUGAGAAGAAGAAACAUGGGGUGUUUGGAAGUCGGGAGCAAUACCCUGCCAUCCCUACUGAGAGAAUCUACCUAUGUACCUUGUCUCAGUGCCCACAGACUGCGUCAUCUCCUGGCCCAGGUUGGUAUGAUAUUAUUCCUAUCACUCUCAAGUAUCGAUCAAAAAGUGGCAAACAAGCCCCUUUCCUCUCCACUGCCCCACGAAUGAGCAAGAAGACAGAGAUGCUGAUGAAUAAAAACCAUAAUCCAGUCGGGCCUGGUCGCUACAACAUAACAGAGUCAAAUCAGAACAAGAAUAAAAAUAGUCAUAGAUCAUCAUUUAUAUCUGGCACCCAGCGCUACCUACACUGCCCUGAAAGAGCCAAGUUCAACCAGGAGCGACUCAGGCCUAUGAACGUUCCUUUGGACAGAUCAUCAUUCCUCUUGCAACCUGAGGGCCACUUUAAAUGA